AUGGGCCUCGCAGAACAGUUAGAGAAAGCAGAGGGAAGACAAGGUGAUAAUUUCGCUAGAUAUGCUGCUUUGGUACAAAGGCGAAGAAUCCCCAGUCUUACCGUAUAUCAGGUUACACUGGUCGUAACUUGGUUGGUGAUGCUCAUCAAUAAUCCAACACAGGUUGGGUGGUUCCUUCUACAUCCCACCCUUGAAUCACUGGCAAUGUUAUUCUUCACAUAUGCAGGCAUCUUGACCCUGCAGCCAACUUCACAGCCCAGAACCAAAGCCGCGGGCCUCUCUCGUCAUCAAUCUGCGAUUCUUUUCAUGGCCUUUCCCGCAUUAUUGAUAGGAGUUUGUGCCAUUGUCAUGAACAAAAUUGAAUUAGGCAAAUCUCAUUUCAGAAGUUGGCAUUCAGUUUUGGGAAUCAUUGCCACAGGUUGGAUCGUCAUUCAAAUCUUGAUAGGUGGUGGGAGCAUUUGGUUCGGCGGAAAGGCCUUCGGUGGAGGUAUGAAAGCAAAAUCUGUUUGGAAAUACCACCGGCUUUCAGGGUAUAUCCUUUUCCCAUUACUAUUAAUCACAGUUGAUCUGGGUGGGGCAUUAUCUCACUGGGGCGAAAAGAACGUUCCACUUCCUAUUCGUCUGGUGGCCUAUGUUUUUGCCCCGUUGGUGUGUCUUGUCGCGAUUCUAUCACGAAUGAGGUAA